UAAUGCUAUAUUAUACCCCAACAAAAGAUUUGGAUCCAUUCCAGGGAUUGAUGUUGGGCAUCAGUUUUUUUCACGGGCUGAGAUGGUUGCUGUAGGGUUCCAUAGCCACUGGCUGAAUGGAAUUGAUUAUAUCGGGCAAUCUGGGAAAACUGCCAGCAAAGGGGCAAAGUACCCACCGGGGAUUGUUGCAGGAGUAUACUGGCUACACAUUUCCACUUGCAACAUCAAUUGUUUUGUCAGGGCAGUAUGAGGACGAUCUGGAUAAUUGUGAAGAUAUUGUAUAUACUGGUCAAGGUGGAAAUAAUUUACUUGGCAAUAAGAGACAAAUACAGGAUCAAGUAAUGCUACGUGGUAAUUUGGGACUUAAAAACUGUAUGGAACAAUGUGUGCCUGUUAGAGUUGUUCGAGGUCAUCAAAGUGCAAAUAGUUAUGUGGGCAAAGUUUACACAUAUGAUGGCUUAUACCAGGUUGUUAAUUACUGGGCAGAGAAAGGUGUUUCAGGGUUUACUGUGUUUAAGUUUCGACUGAAGCGGCUUGAAGGGCAGCCUCUCAUGACCACAAAUCAGGUUCAAUAUACUCGAGGCCGGAUUCCUAACUCUAUUUCCGAAAUACGUGGAUUGGUGUGCGUGGACAUUUCUGAUGGCCAAGAGGAUAUUCCCAUCCCAGCUACAAAUUUGGUUGAUGAUCCACCAGUUGCACCUGCAGGCAAUUGUAAGGGUACUUGUGUUGAUCCCAAGAGUUGUGCCUGUGCUAGACUAAAUGGCUCCGACUUUCCAUAUGUUCACCGUGAUGGUGGCAGAUUAAUUGAACCUAAAGCUGUGGUGUUUGAAUGUGGUCCGAAUUGUGGAUGUGGACCUGGUUGUGUCAACCGGACAUCUCAAAGAGGGCUCAGAUACCGACUCGAGGUUUUUCGUACUCCAAAGAAAGGUUGGGGUGUUAGAUCUUGGGAUUAUAUACCUUCUGGAGCUCCAGUUUGUGAAUACAUAGGGAUACUUAAGAAGACAGAUGAAGUAGACACAGCUAGUGAAAAUAGUUAUAUUUUUGACAUUGACUGCUUACAGACAAUGAAGGGGCUUGAUGGUAGAGAGAGACGCUUGGGAGAUGUUACUUUACCUACAUAUUUGGAAAAGGAUGAUGAUAAGAAAUCUGAAAGUGUGCCAGAAUUCUGCAUUGAUGCGGGCUCCACCGGCAAUGUUGCCAGGUUUAUCAACCAUAGCUGUCAACCAAACCUGUUUGUUCAAUGUAUCUUGAGCACCCACCAUAAUAUUAAACUAGCUCGGGUGACGCUAGUUGCUGCAGACAAUAUACCUCCACUAAAGGAGCUGACGUAUGAUUACGGCUAUGCCCUCGAUAGUGUCAUGGAUCCUGAUGGGAAGAUAAGGCAAAUGGCAUGCUACUGUGGUGCAGAAGAUUGUCGAAAGCGCUUGUUCUAGGCUGUUUUGUUAGCUGCUGCUAUUUAUACUAAUACAUGCUCCUCAGUCAACUCUUUGUGCGAAGCGAGACUUUGGCAGACACUUCUUUUGGGCCACUUUGCGGUGUAUUUAGGAGGUAGAAUUUGUUGGUUGUAUCUGUAAUGUUUUUGCAGUCAACUGUUGUACUCUCAUUUUAUUCUUUCCCGUCACUGUUAACUCCAGAGGGUGGGAAAGGUGGAUUACUACAAAUGAUACACUAAAUACCACCCCAUUUCAAUGAGA